AUGGGAUUUUACAAUAGUAAAAUCAACAAGAAUCAAUUCCCUUCUCUUAACAUUAAGGAAUUUAAAUCAACAAGUAGUAAUGUAUUGAAUGAGAGCCAUGAGAGUAUUUCUGAUACCGGUAACUCUUAUUUCGAAAAAGGUAGAAGAUAUACUACACAAAAUAAGAUAUAUUCUUUACCUAAUGACCACGAAGAGCAUAGUAGAUUAAAUUUACAACACAUCGUAUUGAGAUUGGUUUGGAAUGACAACUUUUUCGCACCAGUUGAACAUCUCCUUAAUCAAGAAGACACAAAGGUUCUUGACGUAGGUUAUUCAAAAGCAAAAUUUAUCGGUGUUGAUAUUUCACUUGUUCAACCAGGCCUUGAUAAACCUAAAAAUGUUGAAUUUAUGGAAGGAAAUGUAUUAGAACGUUUACCAUUUGAUGAUAAUACAUUCGAUUAUGUAUUUCAACGACUAUUAAUUAUAGCAAUUCCUGCAAAGGAAUGGCCAUCAGUUAUUAAUGAGCUAGUCCGGGUAUUAAAACCUGGUGGUUAUUUAGAGCGUGGUAUAGACCCACACACAUGUUAUAAAUUGCAAGGUUAUUUAAAAGAACAUAAUCAACUUUGUAAUAUUCACUGUGAAAUAAAAGAAAAUCUUAAUGUAGAUAAAAAGAUUCGCGAAUUGCGGAUUAAAAAUUAUUCUGGUGCCCUCAUGGGUAUAAAACCAAAACUUAUGACUAUAAUUAACGUAUCUAGCGUUGAAUAUGAUGAUUUAGUUAAAACUGUAGAAAAAGAAUUAUGUGAAUUCGACUGUUACAAUCCUCAUGCACGUGCUUAUGCUCAAAAAAAAAUUAGUUUAAAACUGGGUGCUUGA